AUGCUGAAAUCCUACGUUACCGCCUUACUUUUUACCCUGAUGACCGCUGCCCCGGCAGCAGCUCAGUGUAAGAAUGCCAAAGUUACUGUCUCAUGCUAUCCCUAUGGGGGCACCACUGGGGGCUAUAUGUGUAACGAAGCGCAAGCGGAGUGCGCUGCAGGGCAACGCACAGAACUCUUUCAAAAGCUCAGGUUUGACUGCCUACGGAAGGAUGAAAAUGGAAAACCUGCACCUACUUGCCUCUAUGAUCUGAUUGGACUGGAGUGCAUUUGGACUGGGACGAAUGUUGUCAUGAAGAGGCUUGUCUACUGCAAGGUCAAGAAUCGGGGUGUUUUGGGGCUAGUUGGCAAGAUGACGACACUAUCUACAAUAUAG